UGACGAGCUGCUCUUCGAGCCUGCAGGGUCAUAGUCUCUACGACGAGGAAUAUCGUAAGAUCUUAGCACUAAAAUUCGUAGCUGGAGGUGAAAGGUCCGUUGAGUUGUUGCAAGGAUUAAUGAUUUACUGUUCUUGGUAAGUUGAGUUUACUAUCUAGUUUCUACACCUAUACCUGGGUAUCCCUUUCAUCUACGUCCGAAGAAUAGGCAGUCACACCAAUAUCUACGGAUGGCUGUAGACAUAGUACGGGAGUUAAAAUUAGACGAAGAAACACGAAUGGAUCUCGCGACCAUGCCACCCGAAAUAAAGGCAGCUAAGUUGCAAGGCUUUCGGGCGUAUCUUUCUUGUUUCUACCAUAGCUCAAUAUACGCCUGGUCAUGGACUAAGUCGUAUACAAUGAGAUACACUCCAUGGAUGGCCAAGUGUUGCAAUAUGCUAGAGCAAUACAGCGACCUCGAACAGGAUCACAUACUCGUCUGGCUUGUCCGUCUACAGCACGUGCUAAAUGAGUUCGAAGAGCUGCGUAGGAUUCAUAAAAAUCACCAUGCCAGCAACCAGAGCAAUCACCAUAAACAGCUUAUUCAGGCUGGCCUUGAGGCGCAACUGCGGGACUUCCAGGCUAGAAUUCCCAGCCACCUCUCAACUAAGCCGAGUGUCGUGAUGGCCUCUCUCAAUGCCGACGCAUUCAUCGUAGCUGCGCCUCUCAUGCAGACGAUGCGCCCACGUCCGGAAGAUGCGACGGCGCUUAUGAUCGACCCCUCCAAACUUCAAUCCGCCGCGUAUACGGCACGGACGUUCUUAGACUACGUCUCUAACCUCUCCCCAACGCAGAUGAGCUACCUCUGUGGAGCUGACUUCGCACGCUUCAUUAUGGUAAUCAUUCUCAGCUAUCGUCUUGCAUUCCCCAUGUCGUUCUGCCCUGGCUAUGAUUACUCUCAGGGUCGUAAAAUCCUGGACUUCGGCAAUUAUAUUACCAAGCUGUCAAGCAGUGACGACGACGACGACGACGGUAGUGACAGUACUAGCGGCGGUGCUGUCGCGAAUGACGGUGCGAGAAAAGCUACAAAGAAAGCAGACGUCGUUAGUGCUCUCAAAGUCGUCCUAGGAUCUGUAAAAGCUAGUUUCGAGAAAAAGUCGGCCGUGUUAGAAGCUGCCGCUGAGGAACAUAACAGGAGAGCGCGGCUAUGCCCAAUGUUCGACGGAAGUCUUGAGCAGUAUCUUCCGCAGUGGGAAGGAAGAGGGCAGCAAGGAAGCAGUAACAGCAAUGGCAACAUCACUUCGGGCUCGUCAUACGCACCAUCCUCGCACAGCGGGAGUGGGACAUGCGCGCCUCAUCACGUAGCGCCGUCGACGACGGGCGAAGGAGUGGAUUUCCCAGAAUCAGCAAAGCCAAUGUUGUUCCACGACCUUUGGGCGACUAUGACGAUGGGGUGGGCUACGGAUCUGGAUGCAGGUUUGCAGCAGGGAGUGGAGAUACCGAGAAUGGACGACGUCGAAGAAUAUGUCGAUCUUAUGGGCAUGAGGGGGCAGUAUCACGGUCUAUGAUCGUGAUGAAGAAACAAUCCUUGGAUUUGCGGUCCCUGGCGUCUUAAGUCUAACU